CACAAUCACCGGCAUCUGACGGUUCUCCUGGGAACAGGGGUUACAGCCCCACCUGGCCAGCGCUGAGCUCUGACAAAGUCCUGGGUCUACUCGGCACAUCUUGCUCGCUUCCCGAGUUCUGUUCCCUGUUGAAGGAGGUGGCUGGUGGCCACCCCCAAGAACGAGGGCAUGGGAGGGGGAGGGGAGCUAGGCUCUGUGUUGGCGGUUGCCAUGGUAUUGCUCCGAGUUCUGGAGCCAACCUGCCCACUCCCUGAGACACUCAGGUCAUAGAAGCAGUAGGUCAGAAGCCUGAGGGGACAUAACGAGAGCCACUUUGGAGGCCGCCAGUGCACCUGUUGAGAUGGAGGCCUCCGAUGGGCAAGGGGCUGAAGGGGACAAGCCACUAAACAAGGUGACAAAUGUACCCUGCUUGGAGAAGAGUUCCGGCACCACACCCACUGGAGACUCACUUGUACGCCAUGCCAAGGGCCUGGGCCAGGACACCUUCAAAAUUUGUAAAGAAUAUCUAAGGCCACUGAAGAAGUUCCUGCGAAAGCUGCACCUGCCCAGGGAUCUUCCCCAGAAGAAGAAGCUAAAGUACAUGAAGCAGAGCCUGGUGGUCCUAGGGGACCACAUCAACACCUUUUUGCAGCACUACUGCCGAACCUGGGAAAUCAAGCACUGGAGGAAGAUGCUCUGGCGAUUUGUUUCUCUCUUCUCAGAAUUAGAGGCGAAACAGCUUCGCAGGCUCUACAAGUACACCAAGAGCAACCAGACGGCCGAGUUCCUGGUGACGUUCUGCCCCUUGGACACCCUGGAGAGCUCCCUGCUGGCCGACCGGGAGGACAGUCUGCCCAAGCUGUGCAGUGCGUGGGGGCUGCACAACAACAUCAGCUGCAUGAAGGAGAGGCUGUCCAAGAUGCAGGUGCCUGGCCGAGAGGCCUCCCUGCUGGGGGAGCCACCACCCCGGGGCCUGGGCAGGAAAGGUUCUCUAAGGAAACUUCCUCACAAAACAAAACUCAAGAGAAAGAGGAUUAAGGAAGCCCCAGAGACUCCAGGGACCAGCCCGUAAGAACAGCCAGGCAGGAGGGGCGGGGGCAGCUGGUCCUGGCUCCCAGAGCACUUGUCUUCAACACCUCUGCACCCUGGGGGCUGGGGGCCAAUGAGGGGAAAGAAGAGAACUGUCUUUGUCAGAAGGAUGAUCAGGUCUUAGUUAUGUAUAA